GCGUGCUCUAUCUUUCUUUUCCUCUCCCUACGACUUGUUUCGACAAACAAAACAAGAUGGCAGAGAUCCACCACCAGUUUGAUACUAUCCUUAUCCUCGAUUUUGGCUCCCAGUACAGUCACUUGAUCACGCGUCGAUGUCGUGAACUCAAUGUCUACGCGGAGCUGAUGCCCUGCACCGCCAAAAUCAGUGACAUCCCGUUCAAACCAAAAGGUAUAAUCCUUUCCGGAUCACCAUAUUCCGUCUACGAUGACGAGGCACCACACGCCGAUCCCGCAAUCUACGACCUUGGCGUUCCCAUCCUUGGUAUAUGUUAUGGCUUGCAGGAAAUAACGUGGAACUUCGGCGGGAAAGUCUCAAAACACGACCAUCGUGAGUACGGAUUCGCAAACGUACAGAUCACGCGCGCGGGAGGGAGCAAUGGGUCGGUGGACGCUUUGUUUGAUGGACUGGGAGACGAGAUGAAGGUGUGGAUGUCGCAUGGCGAUCAGCUCUCUGAGCUCCCUCCUCACUUCCAUAUCAUCGGUGCAACCAAAACGGCUCCAUACGCUGCUAUCGCGCACGAUUCAAAACCGUUCUACGGAAUCCAAUUCCAUCCCGAGGUCACGCACUCGCCGCGGGGUAAGGAGCUUAUCGGUCGCUUCGUCCUGAACAUUUGCCAGUGCAAUGCAACAUGGACAAUGGAAGAGUUCAUUGGAAAGGAAAUCACGCGCAUUCGCGAGAUCUGCGGGCCCAAAGGACGCGUUAUCGGCGCCGUCAGCGGUGGCGUCGACAGCACCGUCGCCGCGAAGCUCAUGCACGAGGCCAUCGGCGAUCGCUUCCACGCAAUCAUGGUCGACAACGGCGUUCUGCGGAUGAACGAGUCCAAGCAGGUCCACGAGAUGCUCUCGCGCGACCUGGGCGUGAACCUUACCAUCAUCGACGCGUCCGAGCGCUUCCUAGGCCUCCUAGCUGGCGUCGAGGACCCCGAGCAGAAGCGCAAGAUCAUCGGGAAUACGUUCAUCCAUGUCUUUGAGGAGCAGGCAGCACGCCUUGAGAAGGAGGCGGAGGUCGAGGAGGAGAAGGGGAGCGAGAAGGGCAAGGUGGAGUGGUUGCUGCAAGGGACGCUGUACCCCGAUGUUAUCGAGAGUAUCAGCUUCAAGGGCCCCAGCGCGACGAUCAAGACGCAUCAUAAUGUCGGCGGGCUGUUGAAGGAUAUGAAGCUUAAGCUCAUUGAGCCACUUCGGGAGCUGUUCAAGGACGAAGUCCGCGCCCUAGGCCGCCUCCUUUCCAUCCCCGCCCCGCUCGUGCAGCGGCACCCCUUCCCCGGCCCAGGUUUGGCCAUCCGCAUCCUGGGACCCGUGACGCGCGAGCAGGUCAAGAUCCUGCAGCAGGCAGACCAGAUCUAUCUCGAGGAGAUCCGCAAGGCAGAGCUGUACGACAACAUCAGCCAGGCGUUUGCCGUGCUCUUGCCUGUCCGCGCAGUUGGCGUCAUGGGCGACAAGCGGACAUAUGAGCAGGUGAUCGCGCUCCGCGCGGUGCAGAGCGAGGACUUUAUGACGGCUGAUUGGUAUGUCUUCCCGCCCGAGGUUCUCCGCCGGAUCUCGUCCCGGAUUACGAACGAGGUUGACGGCAUCAACCGGGUGACGUAUGAUAUCUCGUCCAAGCCACCUGCGACUGUGGAAUGGCUUUGAUCUGGAUGCUUAGCAUUCUCGAUUCGUCUUCCCGGGCUUGUAUCUGAUCUCGUCGAUGGCAUUGGUUGGAUUAUAGGUGGCCUACCUAGUACCUAUCCUACAUGUAUGAGGUUGAAUUGUUUCGCUUGAUAGAAUGCGUAGCAAUUCUUCUAUUCAAAAGCGAUAUGACGGCC